AAUGUGCGAUAACGAGGCAACGGCUAUUGUCAUUGACAAUGGUUCUGGUUUAUGCAAAGCUGGUUUUGCUGGUGCCAAAACACCCAAGUCAGUUUUUCCUUCCAUCGUUGGUAGACCAAAACAAGUUGCCAAGGACCAAAAAGAUAGUUAUGUUGGAGAUGAAGCCCAAACAAAGAGAGAAAUAUUAACCCUCAAGCACCUAAUCGAACGUGGUAUUAUAACCAACUGGAAUGACAUGGAAAGAGUCUGGGAUCAUACUUUCGCUAAUGAACUUCAUAAGACCCCGAAAGAACAUCCGAUUCUGUUGACAAAAACCCCCUUAAACUCAAAGGCAAAUCGUGAAAAAAUGACUGAAUCAUACAAUUUGCCUGAUGGACAACAAUUAAGAAUUGGAAAUGAAAAAUUCCGCUGUGCUGAAGCCCUUUUCCAACCUGCCCAAAUGGGAAUGGACUGUUCCGGCAUCCAUAAAAUAAUUAACAGCUCCAUCUUGAAAUGUAAUUCUGACUUAAGUAACGAAUUUUAUGCCAAUAUUGUAUUGUCUGGAGGAUCUACCAUGUUUAAAGGUAUUUCUGAUAGACUAAAGAAAGAAAUGUCAGUUUUAUGCGCACGCUAUCAGAGAAUUGAAAUUAUUGCUCCGCCUGAAAGAAAAUAUUCAACAUGGAUUGGUGGUUCCAUUUUUGCAGCUUUGUCUACUUUCCAACAAGCGUGCAUGAGCAGUACAGAAUAUGAUGAUAUUGGACCAGCCAUUGUACACAAAAAGUGCUUCUCACAAAAAGUGCUUCUAAACCUUUAG